GCAGCAAGUUCAGGCUUUUCCAUCACAGAGACAAAGCACUUUUUAUUCGCUGACAUCCACAGGAUGACUCUGAAGACUGAGGAUAUAUAUCACAAUAGCUCUUUUCCAUCUAUUCUGGAUUCCUAUCUGUAUUCUGAAGGCAUGGGAAAGGCAGCCUCCAUGGCCAAAGUUGUGACGCAGAUGAAAAAGCUGAGCGAGAGAAGAGUUCAGCGCCCUGUGUCUGCUGCCGAGCUGCAAAAAAAGACAGCUGUUCUUAAACAGCGCCAUCUCGCGGCGUACCGCCGGCUUCACCACGUGAAGGACAAAUUGUCCAACAGAUACGCCGAGCUGCUCACGGAGAAGGUUCAGAAACAGCGACUAGAGAUGAAACAGCACAACUCGGCUCCUUUAAAAAACGCAGGAAAACACAAUGGACAGAGCUCAAGAGGUCGGCCUUUCGAGGAGCUUGUUGGUUCAACCUGUAAAGAUAAUGCUGCGUUCCUCAAGUCUUUACCUAAGACACGUUACUACCUGAUCCUGGCGCUCCAGAGGCAACUGGCCCAGCGUGAUUGUGUUAAGGGAAGCAGGGAGCAGGAGGUAUUCAGGUCCUGGGUGAAUCAGAGCAAUACCACGCAACUAGAGCAACAAUUAAAGAAACUGGUGCUUUCCAGCAAGUCUGUUCCAGAACUAAAGUUAGAGGAUUUGCUAAAGAAGGAAGUAGAAGUCCUUCCAAAGAUACAGAUUUCCUGUGAUGGAAGUGACGAUCAGGAGGAACAUCAUGAAGUAUUCAUAGAGAGUGGAGGAGGAGAACAGGUCAGCGCUCCACUUCACCAGGGCAAACAAGUCCAGGAACAGGAUGAAUCUGAGCUAAGGAUUCCCAGUGUGUUCUUGCAAGAGUUACAGGUACCCAAGUUUUCCACUUUGCAGCCCAGUUUCUUGGAAGCACUCAAGACCAACCUUGUUCCCUUGCCACUUCUCAAAUCAAAAGCUGCAAGUGUAACUCAAUGCAAGUUACGUCUCAUGCACAGGCUUUCUCUUUACAACAUGGCACAGUCUCACAGUUUGCUUAUUAAAAAUGGACUGAUGCCGAAAUACGAUGAAGAAUCCACCAUCCAAGAUAUGUUGGAGCACGUAUGCCCAAAACUAGUCUUGACUGAAGAACUGGGACUUGUUGGUGAUUCUCCACUUCCAGCCCAGACACUAAAAGAUCACACAGAACCUGAAACCUCUGAAUGUUUUAAGCAGGAAAUGAAUCCACAAGCUGACCAGAUGACCAGGUCUGAACUGUUUGAAGAGCGGAGAGACGUCAUAAGUGAAAGGGUUCCCCUGACCAUGGAGGAUAUUCAUUCCCGUACCAUUAUACUGGGUAAAACUUUUGGCAAGCAAAUGUGGAGCAACUACACCUAGUGAAAUAAUUUCAGCCUUUGGGAUAUGAAGUUGUUGGAUCCUACAGAAGUAUUUUAUUCAAGUAUAGGAAUACAUUUUGCAGUAGUUUUCCAAUUUCAGAGCGUCAUAUCUAUUUUUUGGAUGGGUAACAGUGGAAAUGUAUUUUCUCUAUUUUCCUUAGUAAUAAAUAAUUAUUAAAUUAUUUUAUGACAAUGUUGCAUUUAGGUUUCAUGAUGUUUUUAAAUAAAGAUUUC